AUGGCCAAGGGCCCGGGCUUCCUGCGGAAGAACUGGAUGCUCGUCGGCGUCGCCUGCGCCAUCGUCGCCGCCAAGGUGGACCCGUCCAUCGGCGCGAAGACGGGGCCGCUCCACCCGGACGUCACGGUGAAGUACGGUGCUGUCUUCCUCAUCUUCUUCCUCUCCGGCGUCGCGCUGAAGCCGCGGCAGCUCGCGGGCGCCGUCGCGAACCUGCCGCUCCACGCGCUGAUCCAGGGCUUCACGCUGGGCCUCGUGCCGCUCGUCGUGACGUUCAUCGUCGCGCCGACGCUGCGGGCCGCGUCGUUCCACCGGUGGCUGCUGCAGGGCGUCGUCGCGGUGAGCUGCAUGCCGCCGCCCGUGUCGUCGGCGGUGAUCCUGACCAAGGCCGCCGGCGGCAACGAGGCCGCGGCCAUCUUCAACAGCGCCUUCGGGUCGCUCCUGGGCGUCUUCGUGACGCCGAUCGAGCUCGUGCUCGCCGUCGAGAGCGGCGGGUCCGCGCAGAGCGCGGGCGCCGCGGGCGAGUUCUACGAGACGCUGCUGCGCGUCUUCCGCCAGCUCUUCGUGACCGUGCUCGUGCCCCUGGCCUGCGGCCAGCUCGCGCGGCCGCGGCUCGAGGCGUGGCUCGAGCGCGCGAAGCCGCCGCUCUCGGAGGUCGGCCAGUGCACGCUGCUCCUCAUCAUCUACACGACGUUCUGCGACUCCUUCGGCGCCGCCGCGGGGAAGCAGGCCCAGAGCCGGGCCGCCAUGGCCGCGACGGCCGUCGUCGUCGUCGCGCUCCAGGGCCUCUUCAUGGCCGCGCUCUUCUUCGUGACGACGUCGACGGCGCUCUGGCAGAAGCCGUUCCCGCCGGGCGACGUCAUCUGCGCCGUCUUCUGCGCGUCCCACAAGUCGCUCACGCUCGGCAUCCCCGUGCUCCGCAUCGUCUUCCCGGACCACCCCUACCUCCCCAUGCUCAGCGCGCCGCUCCUCAUGUACCACCCGAUCCAGAUCGUCCUCGGCGGCCUCCUCGUCCCCUCCAUACGGAGCUGGGCCGACCGCGUCGCCGCCGCCCAGAAGCUCGGCGACGCCGAGACCGUGUAA